AUGUCUCGAAUGAUGGACCAGAUCAUCACCUUCUCCGAGGAUGAUGCUCGAAGAGUAAACUUCCCCCACCAUGAUUCAUUGGUGAUUGAGAGUCAUAUUUCCAACAAGAUGGUUGCUCAGAUCCUGGUAGACAAUGGGAGUUCUGUGAACAUCCCUUUUAAGUCAGCCUUCGAGAAGACCGGUUUGACGACAAGUGAACUUUCCCCAUGCACCUUAACACUUUAUGGGCUCUCAAGAGAGGGCGUGAUUCCAAUGGAGGAGGUUAAGCUACCAGUGACACUUGGUAAAGUGCCUCGCCAGGCCUUCAAGUACUGCACCUUUUUGGUCGUGGACUGCUCCUCCACCUAUAACACCAUCUUGGGUCACUCAGCCCUGGUGGAGUUUGGAGCAGUUACUUCUAUUCGCCACCUGUGCAUAAAGUUCCCCACAGAGUCGGGAAUUGGCACUAUUCACAGAGACCAGAAAGAGGUCCGUUGGUGCUACAAUGUGUCACUGAAACAUCCAGUGAUGGUGGUUGAAGCAGUGGCCCCCGAGCAACCUCCUUCGGUGAAGAUGGAGGUCGAGGUUGUUCUAGAAGAGAGGGAUUCCAACGAGUUGGACCCCUAG